AUGGAAAAUAAAGACAUUUCGGCCGUGGUGGAGCGCGUGGCGGCCACGAAGGCCGCCUGGGCGGCGCUGCCGCCGCAGCAAAAACUUGAACUUCUCGACAAACUCAUGGACAACUUGAACGCCCACGGCGAAGACCUCCACGCCGCCUCCGUCUUCAAACGCGACGGAGACCUCAAAGACGCUCCCGCUUACUCCGCGCUUUCCGCUGCUGACCUGCAGGCCCUCCAGAACGCCUCCAGGGCCCAGCACUGGCUCCACUCCUCCAUGCUGGUGAGCAACUGGCUCAGCAUUAUUCGCGAGUACUUCGAAGCUGUUGUCAAAACGGGGGCCCCUCCGCCCCCCCUGGCUGUGAGGGAGGCCCCUGCGGAGGAGGGAAAGCCCCAGCGGCACAUCGUCAAGGUGGGCCCCUCGGGCCUGCUGCACACGACGCUGGUGACCUGCGGGUCUCUGGAGCUGAUGGUGGAGGGCCCCGUGGAGCAGGAGCUGCUGCACGAGAGGCCCCCUGGGGUUGCAGCAGUUUUGGGGGCCGGCAACUUCGACGGCCCCGUCGAUUUGCUGACUUCUCUCUUCAUAGAAAACAAAGUUUGCAUUUACAAAUUGAGCCCGUUCAACGCGCGUUUGCUGGAGCCUCUGGAGAAGAUCUUCGCGCCUUUAUUGGAGGCGAACUUCGCAGCUUUUAUUUUCGGAGGAGUCGAAGAAGCAAAAGCGCUUCUCCACCACCCCCAAGUCGACAAGUGGUUCAUGACUGGUGCAGCAGCAACAGCGUACAGCAUAAUCUGGGGAAGUCCGGAGCCGCAGCAGCAGCCAGCUGAGCCUCUUUUUAAAAAGCCAAUGACAGUGGAGUUGGGAAACUGCACUCCUUGGAUAGUUUGUCCCGGAAAGUGGUCCCGCAGACAGCUGAAAUGGCACGCCGCUGCCAUCGCAGCAAGUAUGGCCUUCAACGGGGCCCACAUUUGCGCGCAUCCGCAAGUGCUGGUGACUUGCAAGAACUGGCCGCAGAGAGAAGAGUUUCUGCAGCUCAUUCAGUCCUACAUUCAAGAGAUCUACUACGUGGGCUGCUACUACCCAGACUUCUCCUCCCGCAUGGAGUCUUACAAAGAGAAGCUGGUGGCGAUGGGGAAGAAGCCGGAGGAGUUUGAGGCCCCCGUGCACUGCCCAAUUUCGAAAGAUAGCGAAAUUAAAAACAUUAUUUUUGCAACAGAUCUUCCGGAAGAUUGUUUCUUCACUCGACAGGAAACCUUCUGCCCGUGCUGCGGCGAAGUGCCCCUGGACACCGAAGCCUCCAUUGCAGCUUUCCUCCCCGCCGCAGUCAAAUUUGCAAACGAAAAAGUCCACGGCGGACUUUCCGUGAGCAUUUCAGUGAAGCCUUCGACAGCAGCAGAAGAGCAGGCGCUGGAGCUGGCAGUUGCGGACUUGAACUACGGGGCGGUGCACAUCAACAUCGACACCAAAAUGAGUAUUGCUUUUCCCUCUCUCGUUUGGGGCGGCUGCCCCGGCUCCACCAUCUACAACCUCAACUCCGGAAUCGGAUUCAUUGGAAAUUGCUUCGGCUUCAAAAGAGCCACAAAGUCCAUUAUCAGGGCCCCCUUCUUGAACUUCUCCCACGUGAUUCUGGCAGCUCCGAACGGGUCCAAUGCAGCAAAAAUGGCGAAGUUGUGGCGGCGAAUUGCUUUUGCUUCUUUCCAGCGCCGCAGCACUCAGGGCUGGUUUAGCUUCGCGGGCAGCCUCACUAAGAUUGCCAGUGCCUUUGCUGCCAACCUCUGA